AAACACCAGCUUUUCCGGAAGAUUUUGUCGUCGACGUGCACGAUCUAGCAGUCAUUAUUCUUGACUGCCAUGCCCAACUAGAGACCAGAUUUGCAAAAAGUCAGCUGGUCGAGGUCAACCGUGGCACGACUCCCCUUCAAACUAUACCUGAAGCCAUACUUGGUCCAGAGUGGGCCACAUCGGAUGACGUUGUCGCAUACGUGCUGAAGGAACAGGGUCCCGACUUAUCUCGCGUAACUUUGGCCACCUUCGCUCAUCCUGAAGGUGUCGAGACCCCCAACGGCCAGCCCCUUUCUCGCAAGGAUCUCGAGGACAUCUUCUGGCGCAGCAAGUGCUUUGAUAGCGGUUACGUCCUUACAUACGUCGCGCAGCAGGUAUUCGACGCCUUGCCGUCCACGGCAACGCUAUCUAUCCGAACGUCCCAAGGUUACACCAUCACCUGCGCACCAUCCAAGACGACAGUGGCGGAAAUUCCUGUAGUCAUCCGCGAGCCUUGCAUUCAUGUAGUCCUGAAUAAGAGACAGCAUCUUUCGGGCUUCGAUGACUACACGCCAUGGAUAUGGCUCUACAUCGGUGAACCUUCUUCGACGGAUCCGGACAACGACACCAGGGUUGUCUUGGACCUCGCAGUAACGCAGAUAGGGGGUCGCGGACGAGGUGAUGAACCCUUCGCACUCGAGCGCGGGGCGCACUACUAUGACGCCAUCCUGAACAAGUGCGCUGUUGACCUUGGUGGUAACAUGAAGUUAUCCUCCAAAAUCACAUUGUCGCCACCUCGUGUCCGUGCACAUGGUGAUGCAGUGAAAGUCAUGGUGCUCGAGCGACUGGGAAAAAUUGCCAGUGGGAACGACCAGUUUUGCAGGUACUGCGGGAAGGACAAGGUGAACUUGCAGUGCUCGAGGUGUAAGAAGGCAUAUUUCUGCCAGGAGUGCGUAAACCAAGGUUGGAAGUAUCACAAACGUUGGUGCCAGCCUUCGUAACAGUGCACGAUAUUGUAAAUCUUCAUCUCCCCAGCUGUGUCGUUGAGUAGCUUACCGAGCUGAUUAUGUGUUCGGCAUCACUAGCUGUAUAUUUCUGUAAUUUCGUUUCAAAGAAGGUCUAUUCUUGUUACUUGCUUGCCUCCUACGUGGUACUGCAUGGGCUGUACGUCGAGGAGAUAAACGGAAUGGAAAACC